GGGUCGGCCGGCCGUGAGCCUUCGCCGCCGCUGCGCCCCGGUCGGCCCCAGCCAUGGCCCUGGUCCCGGAGCUGCUCUUCUACGUGAACGGCCGCAAGGUGAUAGAAAAAAAUGUCGACCCUGAAACAAUGCUGUUACCCUACCUGAGGAAGAAUCUGCGACUUACAGGAACUAAGUAUGGCUGUGGAGGGGGCGGCUGUGGUGCCUGCACAGUGAUGAUUUCACGAUAUAAUCCCAGCACCAAGCAGAUAAGGCAUUAUCCAGCCACUGCCUGCCUGACCCCCAUCUGUUCUCUGUAUGGUACGGCUGUCACCACAGUAGAAGGCAUAGGAAGCACUAAAACAAGGAUUCAUCCUAUUCAGGAGAGGAUUGCCAAAUGUCACGGCACCCAGUGUGGAUUCUGCACCCCUGGGAUGGUGAUGUCCAUCUAUGCACUGCUUCGGAAUCAUCCAGAGCCCACUCUGGAUCAGCUAACUGAUGCCCUUGGUGGGAACCUGUGCCGCUGCACUGGGUACAGACCCAUAAUUGAUGCAUGCAAGACCUUCUGUAAGACAUCUAGCUGUUGUCAAAGCAGAGAAAAUGGGGUUUGCUGUUUGGAUCAAGGAGUAAAUGGAGUGCCCGAAUUUGAGGAACAACACAAGAUAAGUCUAGAACUCUUCUCAGAAAAGGAGUUUCUACCACUGGAUCCAACCCAAGAGCUGAUAUUUCCUCCGGAGCUAAUGAUAAUGGCCGAGAAACAACCACAGAAAACCAGAGUUUUUGGUGGUGACAGAGUAACAUGGAUUUCCCCAGUGACCCUGACAGGACUUGUGGAAGCUAAAUUCAAGUAUCCUCAGGCCCCCAUUGUUAUGGGGAACACCUCUGUGGGGCCUGAAGUAAAAUUUAAAGGCAUCUUCCACCCAGUCAUAAUUUCUCCUGACAGAAUCGAAGAACUGAGUGUUGUAAACCAGGCGAGUGAUGGGCUGACCCUGGGUGCGAGCCUCAGCCUGGCCCAGGUGAAGGACAUCCUGGCUGAUGUGGUCCAGAAGCUCCCAGAAGAAAAGACACAGACAUUCCGUGCUCUCCUGAAACACCUGAGAACGCUGGCUGGGUCCCAGAUCAGGAACAUGGCUUCUUUAGGGGGCCACAUCGUGAGCAGACAUCUGGAUUCAGAUCUGAAUCCCCUCCUGGCCGUGGGUAACUGUACCCUCAACUUAUUGUCAAAAGAAGGAGGGCGACAGAUCCCUUUGAACGAUCAGUUUCUCCGCAAAUGUCCUGCAAAUGACCUUAAGCCUCAAGAAAUCUUGGUCUCAGUGAACAUCCCCUAUUCCAGGAAGUGGGAAUUUGUGUCAGCCUUCCGACAAGCCCAGAGGCAACAGAAUGCGCUCGCAAUAGUCAACUCGGGAAUGAGAGUUCUUUUUGGAGACGAGAAUGGCAUCAUUAAAGAGUUAUCCGUCUUUUAUGGAGGUGUCGGUCCAACCACCAUCUGUGCUAAGAAUUCCUGCCAGGAGCUCAUCCGAAGGCCCUGGAACGAAGAAAUGCUGGAUACCGCAUGCAGGCUGAUUUUGGAUGAAAUCUGCCUUCCAGGCUCAGCUCCAGGCGGGAAGGUGGAGUUCAAGAGGACCCUCGUCGUCAGCUUCCUCUUCAAAUUCUACCUGGAGGUGUUACAGAUUCUGAAGAGGAUGAACCCAGGUCACCACCCUAGGCUGGCAGACAAGUCUAAGAGUGCUUUAGAAGAUCUUCGCCCCAGACAUCACUGGAGUACAUUAACUUACCACGAUGUAGACCCAAAGCAACUUCUUCAAGACCCUAUUGGCCGUCCCAUCAUGCACCUGUCUGGUAUUAAUCAUGCCACCGGGGAAGCCAUCUACUGUGAUGAUAUGCCUGCCGUGGACCAGGAGCUGUUUCUGACUUUUGUAACUAGUUCAAGAGCUCAUGCUAAGAUUGUGUCCAUUGAUCUGUCAGAAGCUCUUAGCCUGCCAGGAGUGGUGGACAUUUUGACUGCGGAUCAUCUUCAGGGUGUAAAUUCAUUCGCCACAGAGUCAUUUCUGGCAACAGACGAGGUGCUAUGCGUGGGUCAUCUUGUCUGUGCCGUGGUUGCAGAGUCUGAGAUUCAGGCAAAACGAGCUGCAAAGCGAGUGAAGAUUGUCUACAAAGACUUGGAACCACUGAUCCUAACAAUUGAGGAGGCUAUACAACACAAGUCCUUCUUCGAGUCAGAGAGGAAACUGGAAUAUGGAAAUGUUGAUGAAACAUUUAAAAUGGUGGAUCAAAUUCUUGAAGGUGAAAUUCAUAUGGGAGGUCAAGAACAUUUUUAUAUGGAAACCCAAAGCAUGCUUGUUAUUCCCAAGGGAGAAGCUCAAGAAAUUGAUGUCUAUGUGUCCACACAGUUUCCCAAACAUGUACAGGAUAUAGUUGCCUUCAUCUUGAAGCGCCCAGCCAACAAGGUCAUGUGUCAUGUAAAACGUGUUGGUGGGGCAUUUGGGGGGAAGGUGGUCAAAACCAGCAUCAUGGCAGCCAUCACCGCAUUUGCAGCCAACAAACAUGGCCGUGCAGUCCGCUGCAUCCUGGAACGAGGAGAGGACAUGUUAAUAACUGGAGGCCGCCAUCCUUACCUUGGGAAAUACAAAGCUGGAUUCAUGAAGGAUGGCAGAAUCUUGGCCCUGGACAUGGAACAUUACUGCAAUGCUGGCAGCUCCCAGGAUGAGUCACUAUGGGUGGUAGAAAUGGGACUUCUAAAAAUGGACAACGCUUACAAGUUUCCCAACCUGCGCUGCCGGGGCUGGGCCUGCAGAACCAACCUUCCAUCGAACACGGCCUUUCGUGGCUUCGGCUUUCCUCAGGCAGGGCUCAUCACCGAAGCCUGCAUCACAGAAGUGGCAGCCAAGUGUGGCCUCCCCCCUGAGCAGGUUCGAGCAAUAAAUAUGUACAAGGAAGUUGAUGAAACACACUACAAGCAGGAGAUUAAUGCUAAGAACCUCAUCCAGUGUUGGAGAGAGUGUAUGACCAAGUCUUCCUACUCUGCAAGGAGAGCGGCAGUGGAAAGAUUCAAUGCAGAGAAUUACUGGAAGAAGAGAGGACUGACAAUGGUCCCCCUGAAGUAUCCUGUUAGUGUUGGCUCAAUUGUCCUUGGUCAGGCAGCGGCCCUGGUUCACAUUUAUCUGGAUGGUUCUGUGCUGGUCACUCAUGGCGGGAUUGAGUUGGGGCAGGGCGUCCACACUAAAAUGAUUCAGGUAGCCAGCCGAGAAUUAAAGAUGCCAAUGUCGAAUAUCUGCCUACGUGAGACCAGUACAGAAACCGUCCCGAACACAAAUGCUACUGGAGGGUCCAUGACAGCAGAUCUCAACGGGUUGGCAAUAAAGGAUGCUUGUCAGACACUUCUAAAACGCCUUGAACCCAUCAUCAGCAAGAAUCCUCAUGGAACUUGGAAGGAUUGGGCAGAGGCUGCGUUUGACAAUAGCAUCAGCCUUUCAGCUAUUGGAUACUUCAGGGGUUUUGAGACUAACAUAGACUGGGAGAAAGGAGAAGGCCACCCCUUUGAAUACUUUGUGUGUGGAGCUGCCUGUUCUGAAGUUGAAGUAGACUGCCUGACGGGGAAUCACAAGAAUAUCAGAACAGACAUCGACAUGGAUGUUGGCUACAGCAUAAAUCCAGCCAUUGACAUAGGCCAGAUUGAAGGUGCAUUUAUUCAAGGCAUGGGGCUGUAUACAAUAGAGGAACUGAGUUAUUCUCCUCAGGGCGUUCUGUACACCCGUGGCCCCAGCCAGUACAAGAUUCCUGCCAUCUGUGACGUCCCCACAGAGCUGCACGUUUCUUUUCUGCCUCCAUCUGAAAACUCAAACACCCUCUAUUCAUCUAAGGGUGUGGGAGAAUCUGGGCUGUUCUUGGGGUGUUCAGUGUUUUUUGCCAUCCGGGAUGCAGUGUGCGCAGCCCGACAGGAGAGAGGCAUUUCUGAACCAUUGAUGCUCAGUAGUCCACUGACUCCAGAGAAGAUUAGAAUGGCCUGUGAAGACAAGUUCACAAAAAUGAUUCCAAGAGAUAAACCUGGAUCCUAUGUUCCUUGGAAUGUACCUGUAUGAGUCAAGUGCAAACUUCUGGAGAAAACAGAAUGGCUCUUGUCAAUGGAGGAAUCUAUGCAGUCUCUGGGCUCUAACAUGCUCUAUGAAAGCCAGAUUUUCUCAGCUCAGAAAUCAUUCCAUGGAGUGUUGCUUUUGCAUGAAUAACCCCUUCAGGAUUUGAUAGAUGUACUCAUGCAAUUUAUAAAUCAUAUUUUGAAUAGUAUGUAAUACUAAGUGGUUUCCUCUGAGGUGAUUUUCUCCAUUAUUCUGUCCUUGGACCCAUCCAGCUAAAUGGAAUAAUGACUUGUAUGUGAUUCAGCUAUGGCUUGUGUCUACCAACAGAAAUUACACUGUCUAGUGAAAGCGAUUUUCUAAAUCACUUUAUUAGUAGUAAGAACUGUAAUGUUGC